GGCCUGCAGCCUCAGUUCAGCAGGAGAGGAAGCGAGGCGUGCGGAGGCAGCGGGGAGAAGCGAGGUCAGGCUUUGACGUCGCUGCGCAAACGUCACUCACGGGCCGGACGUGUCGUAGGGAGAGUUCCGGCUUCGGCCUCCGCCGCUGCCUCCGCUACUAUAGCCGCCGCCGCCGCUGUCUCCGCGGCUUGUUAUUUCUAAAAUGGCGCCGCUGGAUCUGGACAAGUAUGUGGAGAUAGCGCGGCUGUGCAAGUACCUGCCGGAGAACGACCUGAAGCGGCUAUGUGACUAUGUUUGUGACCUUCUGUUGGAAGAGUCCAAUGUUCAGCCAGUAUCAACACCAGUUACAGUGUGUGGGGACAUACACGGACAGUUUUAUGACCUUUGUGAGCUAUUCAGAACUGGAGGUCAGGUUCCUGACACAAACUACAUAUUUAUGGGUGAUUUUGUAGACAGAGGUUACUAUAGUUUGGAGACCUUCACUUACCUUCUUGCACUAAAGGCUAAAUGGCCUGAUCGUAUUACACUUUUACGAGGAAAUCAUGAGAGUAGACAGAUAACACAGGUGUAUGGAUUUUAUGAUGAGUGCCAAACCAAAUACGGAAAUGCUAAUGCUUGGAGAUACUGUACCAAAGUUUUCGACAUGCUCACAGUAGCAGCUUUGAUAGAUGAGCAGAUUUUGUGUGUUCAUGGUGGCUUAUCUCCUGAUAUCAAAACACUGGAUCAAAUUCGAACCAUUGAACGGAAUCAAGAAAUUCCUCACAAGGGAGCAUUUUGUGACUUGGUUUGGUCAGACCCUGAAGAUGUGGAUACUUGGGCAAUCAGUCCCCGAGGAGCAGGUUGGCUUUUUGGAGCAAAGGUCACAAAUGAGUUUGUUCAUAUCAACAACUUAAAACUCAUCUGCAGAGCACAUCAGCUUGUGCAUGAAGGCUAUAAAUUUAUGUUUGACGAGAAGUUGGUCACAGUGUGGUCUGCUCCUAACUACUGCUAUCGCUGUGGAAAUAUCGCUUCUAUCAUGGUCUUCAAAGAUGUCAAUACAAGAGAACCAAAGUUAUUCCGGGCAGUUCCAGAUUCAGAACGUGUUAUUCCUCCCAGAACGACGACGCCGUAUUUCCUUUGAGGCCUUCGCCCAUCCUGCUGACCCAUUUUUCUGCCCUUUUCUUUCCCCAACUUUCUUGUAUUACCCUCUACAAUAUACUUUUUAUUGAGCACUUUGCUGCUGAAAUGCUGCCUCUUGCCUUUUUUUUUUUAAUUUUAAAUUAUCUAAAUUUAUUGUUUGUUAUGGUGUCUAUAGCAAUGUUUUUCUAUCAAUUUUGUCACCCGUCCCAUCCCCACCUUGGACUCACUUGAAGAAGACUUGAGAAAUGUCUUAAUACUCACACUGCUGCAUGUAGCUCUUGCUUGUUUACUGGUCUGGGGAGACAGGAUGUGUUUCCUUUUUUAAAAAAGCCAAUUGACAAUUACACCGAAAUACUCUUCCUUUGUAUCAUUGAACCUUUUGUUUUAGUUUGGUAAGUUUUAAGAAAUUUCAGCAGCAAAGUUGUUACUCAGUGGGCACGAUGGACUACAGAUGCCUCAAGUUAUGUGUACCUGUCCCAGCUGUAAACGUUGUCCUUUGUUGAUGAUAUUUUAAAAGGAUAUAAAAUAAAUUGGUCUAAAGGGCUGCCCUCCUUGUUGUGUUUUUAAAUUUUAGUUAAAAGCUGCUACAGCUUAUGACUUUGUACAUUAAGAUAAUUGUAUUGAUCUUUUUUCAGAUUCCUUGUAUUUUUUAAUAAAGUAAUCUUAAAACCCACAUAGGUUAAGUGAUAGAAAUUUUAAACAGCAUACAUUGUUAGCUUAGAGUUAACUCUUUUUUUUUCUUUUUUCCUAAUCAGAGUUCUUGAUCCUUUGGUUAUUAAGUCUAAAACUUCAAUUGAAAUUCAAUAGUAUUUAUUUUUAAAAAAAAUCACUAAACUGUGCCUAAAGAACAUAACUGCCAUAUUAAUAUUUUGGUUUAUAUCCUCUGUAGUAAUAGAAAAACAUUUAAUACUUGUAAUGCUGAUAUGUUCAUUUGAUACGAGUUGAGUAGAAUGUGAUCAAUCCAGUUUACAAUCUAUCAUGAGUAUCAUUAGGUAAAAAUAUGUACUUACCAAUAGGAAUCAUUCUUCUCUUGCUGUAACACUUGACCUUAAUUUUUAGAAAGUGUUCAUUUUUUAACUGCAAAUGGAAAGGUGAAAAAGUCGGGACCCUUGUAUUUGUGAACUGUAAUCUGAAGCACAUUAUUUAAAGUGUAGAAAGAAACAAACUGUCCUUUUUUGCAAGGGUCUGUGAUACUAUAUUUUGGCUUUGUGUAAGCAAUUUAAAUAUCCAAAGGGUUGUGAUGAUCAGUUCUUGAUAUGCAACUAUAUUCCAGUGUCUCUUAUGACUGUGGUCAUAAAUGACACUGGAAUGUACCAUUUUGUGAAAUACUUGGUAUCCCUUUACUACUAUAGUAAUUUUUGUCAUCCCAGGAAAUCCAUGUGAAGCCAGCCAAUGAAUAAAGCACUUUAGCAUCUGUUCAGGUAGUUUAGAAAACCAACUUUUCCCCUUCAGGAUAAGAACUUCCAGGUUACCUAAAAAUGCAAUAAAAUUCUUUGUAGUCUAAGCUUCUUGGCACAUAAUUUUUCAUCAGGGUUUCUUUUACUGAAUGAGCACAAUACUGUUUUGAUUCAUUUUUUCCCAACCACCCAGCUCCUUGUACAGUUUUUAAUUAUAUUGCUCUGUGAAAGUAGUGGCUGAGAUAUUUUCUGAACACACUUGAACUAAUGUUGGGUCAGUAGCUUUGGGUUACUCUGCUGACCCCAGUGUAAUUCAGGUGGAAAGGUAUUUUUAUCUCACAGGAAUAUGUAGCUAUGUAUUUUACUAAUUGUGAAACACUGGAAAUAUAACAAUGCAGACAUCUUGGUGUGGUCUUUGAACAGCUCUCUGCAGUAUUUUUUUCUGUUACCAUAAAUUGUAUUUGAGUGACUUCCCUCCACUGCUUUUAAGUUGUACCAAUAAAACUGGUAACCCUCAGGCCUCCCUUCCCAUUCACCACUCCUUAGCUUAGGUUGAUGUAGAUGGUCUCCUUCUCCCUGUGAUGAGACUUUUAUUUGCGAGUCAUGGUAUAGUGUGUUUGUUUGUCAGUAGCUGGGCACGUGCCAAUAAUACUCUGUCCAUUCCUUAACUGCCAUCUCUGUUUCACCUGAUUUCUCUUCAACUGAAUAAUGGCUCUUUUUUUGCAUGGAAAAAAAAUAGUCUUUACCACUGGAUGUGUGAAGGGAAGAGAGAGUGAGUAUAUUGGACUUUGUAAGCCUGAAAGGAAUAUUUGGAUCCCACUAAUAAAAAGGACCGUGUAUUAUACAGAGUGAUCGUGUGGUGGAAGGCACUCACAAGUCAUAGAUUUGUAGGGCAGGGGAACUGUACUCCCUGUAUCUGGGUUGAAUGUAAAAUGCCUUAUGUCGUAUUAAUGGGGUAAGAACUAUUUUUAUUUGCCUGUGACAUACUUGGCUUCUAAUAAAGUGCCCCAGGUUCUAGAGAGAACUGUCCUCUUUGAAUUGCCAUUCCCUCCCUUUCCUCAUGUCAAGGGCUGAUAUGCCCUUGGCUGCUUUUUAUAGGUCAAUGCGUCUCCCUGAAAAAAAAAAAUCUCCCUUCUUUGAGUUGUUCAUUUGGGUGUGAUCCUAAAAAGCCUGGAUCAAGAGUAUAUCUUAAUAGCAGCUUGCGCCAGCUCCUCUUCUGUCUGGAUGUUUAGAAAUGUUGGAAAGUUUUGACAUCUUAAAACUUGAGUUUUGCUUUUGAAAUAAGGUGUGAAAUACUGUUCAUUGCAUUAAGAUUUGUGUGUUUUUGCUAUGUAAGCCCAGCACCAGGUUUUGGGGAAAUGCCUACAUUGUGAAAGCAAAUCAGGACUCUUUCUAAGGUUCUGUCAUUAUCAAAAAUAGAAUCGCUUUCCAUCAGCUUCCAGAAAAUUGUGUAUUGAGUUGAAGAAAUUUAACAAGAAUCCGGAUUUUUAAAAUGUAAUUGUUUUUUAAAUGCUAAUGUUUGUAAAGCACCUUCAGUUCUCUGGAUGAAAGGUGCUAUAUUCCCUCAGUGUAAAUUAAUAAAAACAUUAUAGGAAGUUUGUCAAAAAAUAAUUUUAUCUAAUGCAUAGUUUGUAGUAUAUCCUGACAAGAAGUUAGCAUUUUAUAUAAUAUAAUUUAAAUUAAACAAUGCUUAUUCCU